AUGUAUGAUACAGAAACAGAGAGUGAAGAGGAGUGCAAGGGGAAGGGUAAAGCUGUCGGAAAAAAAAAGCAAAAAAGGAAGAAAAAAAAGCAGGUUGAAGAGUUGGCAGGGGAAAAUACAAUGGAAGAGGAUGAGAAGUCAAUGUCGUUCGAGGAGGGUGGGUAUGGGUAUAACUCUGAAGAGUUGAACACGUCUCCUUCAAGUGGUGCUGAAGAGGAUGAAAAGGUUGUCAAUCCAAAAUUUAAUGUGCAUGAGGAGUUUGGUCAUGUGCACUUAGAGGUAGGAAUGGAGUUUGUGAGUCUUCAAUUAUUUAAAAAUGAUGUCAAAGACUACAAUAUUGAUCUAGGAAGACAAUUCAAGUGGCUGAAGAAUGACAAAGUGAGGGCCCGAGCAAAGUGUAGUAAUGAUGAAUGUGAUUGGACGAUUUACUGUUCGUGGAACAACAAAAUGAAAGCUUUCCAAAUCAAGACUUUUAAUAACAUACACACUUGUUGCAGACUUUUUAGAAACAAGAGGGCAAGUAGGGAUUGGGUUGCAAAGAAGUUAGAAAAAAGGCUAAUGACACAGCCGAACAUGACAAAGGCAGAGGCCUACGACCACAUGAAAGAGGAGUACAAAGUUCAUGUCCAUUUGAAGAAAGUGACCAAAGCACUUCAGAAAGACAAGGCCAAAAUAGAAGGGUGUGAAAAAGAACAGUACGCAAAAUUGAGAGACUACUUAGGUGAGCUAUUAAGAAGCAAUCCAGGGUCUACAUGUCAAAUGCAAUUGGGGAGGAUGCCAACAAAAGUUUCUGUCAUUGCAUAUGCAAUUGUUGACAGUGAAACAAAAGAGAACUGGAAGUGGUUUUUAACCCUGUUACAGGAAGACAUUGGCCCUCACGCAGUGUUUGGAUGGAAUUUUAUUUCUGACCAACAGAAGGGGCUGAUUCCAGCACUGCAAGAGGUGAUGCCUGGUGCAUAUCAUCGUUUUUGUGUGCAGCACGUUUGGAAGAAUUUCAUAAAGCAAUGGAAAGAUAAGGCAAUUCGAGCCAUGGUUUGGGAGUGUUCAAGAUGCACCACUGUCCCCCAGUUCCAGCAAUGCAUGGCACGGUUGAAAGUAAAGAAUGAGGCUGCAUGGAAGUACUUGGAUGGCAUCCAGCCCUCAAGUUGGGUGAAAGCUUAUUUCCGCCACUGGCCGAAAUGUGAUAAUAUCAUAAACAACAUGGCAGAGGUAUGGAAUGCCAAGAUCGUUGGAUAUAGGUCAAAAUCGAUUAUCACUCUAUUGGAGGAACUGAGAUGCUACAUUAUGAGGAGGAUGGCUGCACAUCAGAGGGUGUUAGGUACUGUUCGGGGUAAAAUAGCUUCUGCUCAGCAAUUGAAACUGGAUCAGUUAAAGGUUCUUAGCAAUUCAUGGACACCCACUUGGACUGGAAAUCUGCAGCAAGAUAUGUAUGAGGUCAGUGGGAAAGGUGAUAGAGUUGGAGUCAAUUUAACAACACAUACAUGCGCAUGCAAUGUAUGGCAGUUGACUGGACUGCCUUGUGAGCAUGCUAUAGCAGCAAUUUGUCACAAAAACGAGCCAGCCGAGAACUAUGUCCAUCAAUGGCUUACAGUUGAUGCAUUGCAUGCCACAUAUGAGCACACCUUAAACCCAGUGAACUCGGACAAGUAUUGGCCUGCAUCUGAUGAACCCAAACCUCUUCCACCAAAACUGAAAAGGCCAAUUGGGCGACCCAAGAAACACAGGAAGAAGGACCCAACUGAAGACCAAGGGAGCAUGACAAAGAAAGUUAAAAGGACAUAUGAAGCCAAGUGUAGUAAGUGUGGUCAGAUUGGACACUAUGGCAAGAGUUGUAAGGGGCCACCAGCUUCCAAAACAGACAAGAGCCAAGCAAGACCACAAUCUGUGAGGAUUGGCACAGACUCAGUAAAUGAAAUCCUAUUAAGUCAAGGAGGCCCGUCAGAAAUUGGUAGUUCUCAGGCACAACAAGUCAACUUGAGAGGAUGCAGCCCACCUCCUUCAAAUCCAGAAGAAGCAAAUGCAGUGUUGACUGAAGAGACAAUGAAGGCAGCCAGCACUGGCACACGAAGCAGAUUUAUGCACUUCAUGACAACACCUGAUUUCAUGCCACCAAGGGUUGAUGAAUGUGAUAAUUUCAUGUCCAUUUUAUGUUUUUAUCAUUUAGCUGCCAUAUUUUUUGGUUACUGGUUUGUGCAGCUGCCAUAUUUGCAUUCUAGUGCAGGUUUGUGCUGUGUUACUGAUGAAACAGAUCAUGUCCAAUUUUCUGGAUGCAGGGACCAAUUAGGACCCCAACAAUCAUUGUCAGGGACCAAUUUGGACCCCUACAUACUGGAUUUCUGA